CAAAACGGACGUCAAACGGAAGUUUUUUCGACGCAUUCGCUCAUCGUCUCUCCACGCAGAGAGACAAUUGGCGAUUAAUCGAAGAAAAACGUAGUAGGAGAUAUAAAAACAGGAAUAACACUCAGAUUUAUUCAGUUGUGUAAUAAUCACAUUCAAAAGGAAGAAGAUGACCACCAUGCCGGUGGUGUGGUGCACCGAUCCCAAUUCGGUGAACAAUAAGCCAACAGCCUUUGCCCUGCAUGGCAUACAGCUGCAGGGAAAUGUGACCGAGAAGCAGGUUAAUGCCUUGCGUGAACUGGUCAAUGCAGCGGCCGAGGGACGUCUUAUCCUGCCAUCGGAUGGCACAUUUAUGCUCUUGGACAGUGGCCUGAGCAUCGAGAGCUCGAUACUGGCUGGCGGCAAUGCGGGCAACAACAAGGAAACACUUGCUGUCGCUGGGGCAGCAGCUGGCAACAAUGACAUUCAUGUGGUGGACAAAAGUCCCAAGAACACAUACAUACUGAUGCCGGUGAGCAACAACAAAGCAACGGCAGCAACAACUACAGCAGCAACCACUGCAACAGCAACCAGCAAUGAGCAGUGCACGCCGGCAGCGAUUGCAGCGGCGGCAGCACAAUUGGAAUUCCUGCUGGAACCCAAAUACUCGACAUUCACACCGCCAAGCUCAACGCCCAGCUCGCUGGCCGACGUGGAGGUGGCUGGCGCCGAUGGCUAUGAAGAUGCUGACUUGGUGAAUGCGGGCGACGAGGAGGAGGGCGAUGGCGAAGGCGAAGGCGACGAUGCUGGUGAGAUACUUUAUGAGUUUCUGUGCUGUGCCAAGUGCAUGAAUGAGCAGCGUGCUGGACAUAACGGCACUUGUGCCAGUGCCAACCGGCGAUUGCAACGUUUUUUAAGGCAUUGCAGCGGCAACAGCAGCGAGUCACAGCAGCAUCAGCAACAACAACAGGUCAAUGAACCCAACACAAUGUUGGACGAUCCUGUUAGCAGCAUUGCCAGCAAAUAUGCGCGACGCCACCAUCAGCAGCAGCAGCGGCAGCGACACAAGCAGCAUGCCACAGUGUCAAUGGGCAUUGCACGUAAUCGGCCCAACAAUCGUCAUCAUCAUCAUCACCAUCAUCAUAAUCAUCACAACAGCAGUAGCAAAUUACCCAUGCACAGUGUGAAAAUCUUUCAUAAUCGCAGCAGUUACAAUCCGCUCAGCGGCGCGUGUACUAUACCGACAUCACCGCUCACUGUGGGCGUGGGCGUGCCCCCCAGCGACAUGUUCCAUACCCGAUCCCAGUGCCAGUUCCCAGACAACAACAACAGCAGCAAUGACGCGAACGACGACUGCGAAUACAGUGACGAGCGUUAA